AUGGGAUUGGAGAAGUUGGCACAGUCAGCACACAGUUCGCCUGCCAGGCAAAGGAGGAAUCGAUGGCGAGCCACGUUGCACCGCUUGAAGACGCUCGUAGCCCGAACAAUACGCGAGCCCGUGGGUGAAGAUGUGACUUCGAAGCCGGAGCAGACGCGCGACAUUCCGACCGUGACGAAUCGUGGUUGUGCAGCCCAAAGUUUUCUGCAGGCUUUGGAGUCGCUGGUUGCAUCUUCGCGCCUCAAUGUGGCUUCUUAUAUCAGGGAGUGGCAAAACGCACUGCCCAAAGCUCCUGGGACUCGGCUGCGGGCGCUUUUUCCUGUCCCCCCUGUGCGUGAGUGGCCGGACGAGGUACAUCAUUCUUUCGAGGACGUCGGAGUGGUGUUGAAAGUUUCCAACUUCUGCUUGGGUGCGCUGAACUGCUUGCAGACCGGCAUGAAAGCUUGUUUGGGGCAUGCUGCAAUGAACAAGUCGCCGUCCGCAGCUCAAAAGGCCACACAGACCCACGUCUGCAGGAUGACCGCUUGUUUGCUGCAGCGUUUGAAGGAGGAACUUGGCCCUUCGUUGCCUUGGCGAGGCUCCUUCGCAGCUUGUGAACCAGGUUCCUUUGCUUCCUACGAGCACAUCAGGGCACAAGCCGUCGAUCUUCCUGCAAAGGCUGCUACUUGCAACGCGUCCAAGCUGGUGGGAGAUGAGCUUCGUGCACAGAUACAGUUUGCGACUGAAGUUUUUCCUGCCGGCCCAAGCACGACGUUGGAGCAGGGCAUUCCUUUGAGCCAACGAGCCGAGUACAUAGCACUCACGGUCAGAGAGCUGCGCUGCGGGAAGUUGAAGCUUCGCCAAGAGAUUGCUGGCAUUGGGGGCGUUUUCGCUGCUGCAAAAUCCGGUGGUCGACAGCGCAAAAUAUGGAACGGCGCAGGCUUGUCACAAGUUGCAGCUCGGCCGCCCAGACCCAGACGUCUGGCGAGCCCUGCAUCUUUCCUCGACAUGGAGGUGGAACCAGGACAGCGAAUAUAUUUUUCCAAGAGAGACGCCUCCACGUACUUUGACAUCCUCCAGGUCCCGGAAGCUUUGCAGCCUUACUUCGGUCAACCACCCGUGACUGUGAAGGAACUUGUACUUGGUGGCAUGAGCAUCGACGAGGUUUGGGAAGCUUGUCAAGACGUGCAGCGUGACGAUUUCUGCGGGGAUUGUUGCGUGUACCCUGUUUAUGCAGUCUGGCCCAUGGGUUUUUCGUGGUCUUCAGCAGUGGCGCAAGACACUACUUUGGCAGUUUGCAAGGCCGCAGGUAUCCCUGAGGAACAGAUUCUCAGCGUGGAUCAUGACACGCCGAGCUGCCAUGAUGAAGUUUGUUUAGUGGCUACAGAUGAUACUGUUUUGGUUCACAAGAAUCCUGAGCAGGGCGCCAAGCGGUUGGAAAACUUGGACAAGGCCUUCGAGGAACACUGCGUCCCGAGGAAUCCAGCCAAGGACGUCUCGCUAGCUGAAAAGCUACCAGCUUUGGGUUGUGACCUCAGUAACAGCCCAGCCGCUGCUCAGCCGAGCCGCAGCAAGCUUUGCGCAUGUAUUUGCCGCACACUGGACCUGCUCACCGAAGAGAUAGCCAGUCCGGUGGGUCUCAACUCAAGUUUGGGUGUGUGGGAAUGGUUUGCACUGCUGCAGCGAGGCUUUUUCUCCAUAUACGAUGCCGUGUACGCUUUCGUGAGGCGGGAGCCGCCCACCGAAAAGAUCAACGUGCCACCAGCAGUCCUCAACGAGAUGCUUGUCACGUUGCUUCUGGCGCCACUUUUGACCACUCAGCUCGACAGACAACCGCUGCCGCAGCUGGUCGCUGCUGAUGCAGCGCCGGAGUUCGGCUUUGGAGUGGCCGUUUGUGGGUGCACCCAGGCCGAAGCUGCCACUGUUUGCCGCCUAGCAGAGCGACGUGGUGACUAUGUGCGUCUCACUGCAGAAGAAGGCGAUGAUGCCUAUGUUUCUCGGCUUGGCAAGCCACGACAGCUUCGGUACACACAGCGAAAUUUCAAGACUGUCAUCUCUGAACAGGCCCGGUGGAUGGCACAUUCAGGAGUGCUGGAAGCCCAUGCUUUCCUGCUUGCACUCAAAUGGAUCUGCAGGCAUGCCAAAAAGCAUGGGCACAAGGUGCCUUUCUUGAUCGAUGCCAAGGUGGUGGUGGGAGCGAUAACCAAGGGCAGAAGCUCUGCGCGCUCAUUGCGCACCUGCUUGCGGUCAGCAGCCGCGCACGUCAUGGCAGCUAACCUCCUGCCCAGAUUGAUCUACAUUCCUAGUGAGUCAAAUCCUGCUGACCGUCCGAGCCGUGGAAGACGACAGCGACCACCUGCGAAUCGGCCAGUACGCAGCAGCAUUGGCAAGCAGAAGUUCCGAAUGUAG